AUGCUAUCGGGAUGGAAAUUCAUCGAAGCGGUGUUGGCAGUGGUCCCCCUCAUCGGUACACAGGUUCUCGUCGACUUUCAGGUCGCUCAGCCACCGCCGGUCCCCAGUGACGCGAAGACGUGCACCAUAAAGAUCCUAGAGCGCACGUUCGGCAACUCCUACUACGAUCCGGAAAUUGUGUCGUAUAGCCCACCGAAUGACUGCGGAACCGCAGGGUCGUGGGCAGCGGUGACCUUGAACUUUGCGGUCACGUCCAACGGUACGCAGUACGACCGCCUCGGUUCUGGCGCACUUCAACCCCCGAGCCCUACACCCAAUGGCAUCAUUUGGACGUAUACCAAGGAUGUUGCGCGCUACAUUCCACUCUUUGCAAAACCAGGAACAUUCCUUCUUGAGCUUGAUAAUAUUGUCAAUAGCAACUUAACAGGGGAAUACGCCACAACUUUGUAUGCGACCUUCUAUGCGGCCUCGGAAGACUACCCUACCGCAGGGCAGUCAAACUUGAUUGUUCCAAUCUCUACCAUGUCUGAUACACUGGCCAACGACGCGUCCGUUCCCCCUGCGUUUUCCCUAAACGUUACGCUCCCUCAAAAUACCGUCGAGAUUUACGCGGAACUUUAUGCCUCCGGGAACGGGCAGGAAGAGUUUUGGUACUACAACACGGCUAACGAGUACAUUGACGAUUUACCUUCCGGGACUACUUACGGUGGAGGGCCUUUCCGCGAAGUGCGUUUGCUCGUGGAUGGACAGCUCGCAGGAGUCGCUUUCCCGUAUGCCGUCAUUUUCACCGGCGGUAUCAAUCCAGCUGUGUGGAAGCCGAUCACGGCCUAUGGCGCAAUCGACCUCCCGACUUAUUUUCUCGAUCUGACUCCGUUCGCUCCUGUCUUCGCGGACGGUCUUCCGCACAACGUUACAAUUGACGUAGUCUCUGCUGAGGCCGACCACACCAUUAACCCCAACUGGUACGUCUCGGGGCUGCUUCAAGUUGUCACGGACGCCUCCGGAAAGCGUACCACGGGCCAAAUGAUCACCUACAAUACCCAGCCGUAUGCGACCACGCAGACCUAUGGGAGUACAGAUGUAAACAAUGUCAACGUUACUGUAAAUGCUCAGCGCCAGAUCUACAUUGAAUCAAUCGUGGUCAGCGGGAGCGGACAGUCGAAUCGCGUCGUUUUCGAGCAGAAUCUGGAUUACACUAAUACGCAGUAUUACUUGAACGACACCAAUACCCAAAACGUCGCACAAAUAUCCUCUGGCUCUGUAAAAUCAACUCACAACGGUGUUCCUGUCAUGGUCGACAACUUUGAGUACUCAUUGUUCAUCAACAUGACUUACUUGGACGUCACAGAUACUUCCAUAACAUUCUUUACAUCCUUCGAUCAUUCAUACAACAGACAACUCAGUCCCGCUCCCUUCAUUCUUGGUUCUGAUAUCACCGAACGUCAAUUAGCCACCGGAUACUUCACAAUCUCCGCUGGAGGAAACUUCGGCAAUGGCGACAACAACAAUACUUUCAGUUACGUCGACAGCGAACACAAUACCUACAAUCGCAUGGUUGACGCUGCGAUGAAUAAGAUUGUUUACGAUCAGGAGAGUGGUUCCCUCGCGAGCAUCAUCCCAACCUCGUUCCCUGUUGCCCCAGCUAGGCUACCAGGUGGAAAGCAUGUUGGUGACAGGUUGUGA